AUUGUUGGUGUGUAAUCAAAUGAUGUCACCGUUUUUAUUCUCCGUUUAAUUUUUUGUAGUUUGUAUAAGAUAAUUUAAUUAAACAAUAAGUGGUUCCAAAUUCUAGUCAAUUAAAUGAACUUCAUACCAACGCCAUAAUAUUAACAAACAUUAUUAUACUUGUCAUAUCUCAUUUAAAUGUUAAAACUAAGAAUCAUUUAUUUUCUGGGUGAUGAGUGCCAGUGAGACUAUACCUAUUCUGAUAAAUACAAGUGGCUCAGAACCUGAAACACACGGGGCCUUGUCAAUAGUUUGUAGUGAUAGUGAGGACGUUCAAUUAGUCCCAGAAGUAGUAUUUGAAUCUACAUUGGAUUCACCUGGAUUUCGAGAAUCACAGCCUUUAUUGGGAGGGCUUGAUGUCUCUUAUAAUCAGUUCCCAGAUGAUCCUGCAUUUAGUGACUUGGUAUGGCAAGCUGAAGCGGCUAUUGAUCAUGGAAUAUUUCCUGAACGAAUAUCACAAGGUUCUAGUGGAUCUUAUUUUGUUAAAAACCAGUCUGGGAAAACAAUCAGCGUAUUUAAACCAAAGGACGAGGAACCUUAUGGCAGGUUGAAUCCAAAAUGGACCAAAUGGACGCAUAAGUUAUGUUGUCCAUGUUGUUUUGGAAGAUCCUGUUUGAUACCAAAUCAAGGGUAUUUGUCAGAAGCUGCAGCCUCACUUGUUGAUCAAAAGUUGAAUCUGAAUAUUGUUCCCAAAACUAGAGUAGUUAAAUUAGUAUCAGAAACUUUUAACUAUUUAAGGAUAGAUAGGCAAAAAGCUAGGGUAAAAAGGGCGAUCAUGGAACAGUUUCCUAAUGUUGGAUUAAGAUUUAAUAGGAUAGGUUUGCCACCGAAAGUUGGCUCAUUCCAAUUGUUUGUAGAUGGAUAUAAAGAUGCUGAUUAUUGGUUAAGGAGAUUUGAAGUUGAACCAUUAACUCCAUCGCUAGCUCAAAAAUUUCAAUUGCAGUUUGAGCGACUGGUAGUUUUAGAUUACAUAAUCAGGAACACUGAUCGGGGGAAUGAUAAUUGGUUGAUUAAAUACGAUCAACCUACAGUUGUAAAUGGAAACUCUGUGAGUGCUCAAGUAGAACUAACAGAUACAACGGAUUGGAAUUUGGUGCAGCUUCCUGAGAUUAGUAUAGCAGCAAUCGAUAAUGGUCUAGCGUUUCCUUACAAACAUCCGGACAGUUGGCGAGCUUAUCCUUACCAUUGGGCAUGGUUACCACAAGCUAAAGUACCAUUUAGUAAGGCUACCAAAGACCUGGUGUUACCAUUAUUGUCAGAUAUGAACUUUGUGCAGGAUCUCUGUGAUGAUUUAUAUUUACUUUUUAAACGAGAUAAAGGUUUUGAUAGAAAUUUAUACGAACGUCAGAUGUCUGUAAUGAGGGGCCAAAUAUUAAACUUAACUCAAGCUUUGAAAGACAGCAAGUCACCAGUGCAGUUGGUCCAAAUGCCUGCCGUUGUUGUUGAGAAGUCUCAAAGUCAACAUACAUCUAGGUUUUUCAAUUUUACACAACGCUUCCAAGAUAAAAGUCCAUUUUUCUCUUGGUGUUAAGUUUUGUUGUUCCGAAUAAGUGAUCGAUUAUAAGUGAUAACAGUUAAACAGUCUCUACUUUUACUUAUUUUGAAGAUGGUAAGCUUUUAUUUACAGAGACAACUUUUUAUAUGUUACGUCAAAAAAAUAUAUAUGUUUACAAUAUAUGUAAUUUUUAUUUAUAUAA